AUGUUUCCAACGGUGGAUUCUGAAGAUAUUUCGCAGGUCACGUCAUUAAAAGAAAAACAAAGUCUUUCUAGCGAUGUGCGAGAUUCGUCAGAAAAUUCUCAAGUGGCGAAACAAAACAAUAACAGAGAGUUAACUGUCAAUAUGUUGAUUAAGGAAAUGAUUUUUUGCAUUGCCUUAGCAUUGACUACUUACGGAGCUCUCCAUAAUACCCCUUCUAAAGUUUCCAAGCAUCCACAAGCAGUAAAUUUUUUCAAUUCAGACUCUGUAGUAAAAGACUGGUAUAGAGGUCAACUUGGCAAUGCACUUGCUGCUGUCAACAUUGCAGAUGUGUCGUUUAUUAUGUAUUACGCGCCGUGGGAUGCAGAAUCACAAUAUGUCAGAGGAGAGUUUGAGUUGGCAGCUAACAUCCUUAGUGGCCGGGUACAUUUUGCUGCCAUUAAUUGCUGGAAUCCCGGAAGUGAAUGUAGAUUACAACACAACAAAAUUCCAUCAUGGCCUAUUAUAAUGGCUUAUACUGUUAAUUCAAGAGGAGUGCUUUAUAAAGGCCCUAGAGAUGCACACAGUAUGGUUAACUUUUUGGAGUUAAUUAUGAAACCUUUGGAAAGAGUAUCUUCAACUGAAGACUUAGUAAAUUUAUUGUCUGUUUAUGAUGCAGUAGCUAUUGGUUUUACACCUCUGACAGAGACAUCAAAAUAUUAUAAUAUAUGGUACAAUGUUGCCUUAAAGUCACGAGAAUUCGAUACGGUUGGCGAAAUAUGUUUUGCUGUUGUUACAUCAGCAGAGCUUGCCAUGGAUCUUGGUGUGGAAAAUUUGCCCAAGGCUCGCCUCAUGCUUUGGAAUGACACCAAGGAAUUUAAAACAGAAGCUGACAACAAGUCUUGGAAUGAAUCAUCACUGAUGCAUUGGGUAUUGGAUAAUUUUUCACAGCCUGUAGCAAGGAUUAUACCAAUGUGGAAGAAAUCAUUUAGCUUUGAUAGAUAUGCUGAUGGUAAUCCAAUGUUGUUGCUUUUUACUCCUUUAAACCCUUUAUACGAGCAGUUGCCUUCAUACUCAUUGCUACGUGAAGUUGCGAUGGAAUAUUAUAAUUGUAAAAAUAAUGACAGCAACCAAUGGAUUACGGAGUUGAUAAAAUUACAACAGGUACAGAGAUUAAUUUACCAACAGAAAAACUUUUUCAAGUUUUGCCAAGAGUAUAAGUUCAAAAAGCCUAUAAGAAAACCAAGCAAAAUUUAUAAAAAAGAAAUUGUGUCAAAUAAUAAUAAAUAUCCUUGGAACAAUGUGACACAGAAAAAUCAGAAAAACGGGUUUAUUAAUUUUAUACUGAAACAGGGUCUUGCACUGUCGAAAGUUAUGGAAAGUGGAAGUGAUAAUUCACCUUUUUGGUCUUCUUUGGGUAUUUUGAAUGAAUGCACUGCAAAGUUUUUACCUGCGGAGAAAAGUUUCUAUGAAAACUAUGAACAAUGCCAGUUGUUUGAAGAAAAUAUUAACAAAGAACAAGAAGCGGAUACAAAACAGGAAAACAUUGAAACAUCAAUGUUGCCAUACGAAGGUGAUCCGUUAUCCCCAGAUAAUCUUAUACAAGAGAAUAUAAAACACUUCUGUCGGUUAAUGCAAUUCGCGAAACAACUAGGUCCGCCAAUAUACCCGGCAAAAGUUACAAAUGGCAACAUUACACAUAUUCAUGGUCUUUCCUGCGUGGGCAACUCUAGCCUUUAUAUGAUAGCAGUUGAUAGCGUACAGAAUCAUCACUUCCCUGAGGCCCUUGGUAUCGACAUCACUAAGAAGAAGGAUAUGACUGCUGUUGUUAUAUUAGAUAGUAAGCAAGGAAGUCAGUACGUCCUUUCUGAAGACUAUAGCGCUAAGUCAGUGAGGGAUUUUAUUUACAAUUUCACAUAUAAUAAUUUGAAGAGGUCGCUGCGUACGCACGUGGCUGACGCCGCCCAUACGCAUUACUAUGGCUCGAAUACUACAAGUGGGGAAAGCGAGAAUAUUAUUAAUAUAACUGAUUUAACAACACACACCUUUAGGAGGUUUGUUAGGACACCGGGAACUUUGAGUUUGGUGGCGGUGUGCGGCGGGUCGUGCGGCGCGCACGCGAUCCGCGCGCUGGCGGGCGCGGCGCGGCUGCUGGCGCGCUGCGGCCUGCGCGCCCGCGCCGCGCGACUCGACGCCGCGCGCCACGACCUGCCCGCGCACCUCGACCUGCACGCCUACCCCGCCUUGCUCGUGUUCCACGCUGACGGGAGCGGCGAGGCGGACAGCCGCGCGUACCCGGCGGGCGAGCGCGUGUCGGCGGGCGGGCUGGUGGCGCUGGCGCUGCGCUCGCUGCCCGCGCCGCACCACCUGCGCGUGCGCCUGGCGCUCUGCGCGCACCACGCAAAUGUGGAGAGGAGAGCGUGUCUAAAAGACAUAAAGGAACAUAUUACCACAGUAAUUGGCAGGAACUUAAAAUAUUGGCGUCAAACAGACGUGAGGGAGCUCAAAGACUCCUUUUUAAAAAGAUUGCAACAUCUAAAUCAUGUCUCACUGUACCUGAGUCUCCUACAUACAAAUGAUCUCAAAGAAAUUAACACGAAACAGAAGUUACUACUAAAUUCAAUAGAAGCACUUGCAGGUGCUUGGAAAAUAGAUAUUUCGAUGUUAAGAAAAAAUGUCACUACUACCGAUCGGACCAGAUGA